AUGCCAGAGGGGAAUUCCGCGUCGUCAUCGUCGUCGAACGGUAUGCUACCGGCGCCGUCCAACAGCAGCAACCACGAGCUGAAGCCCACCACACCCAGUGGCGGCCGCAAGCAGUUCACCAUUCCCAAACUGGACGAAAAACAGCUAGAGAUGAAGUUGACGGAUGCCAAUGGCACGAACAGCACGUUUGUUGUGGCGGAAGGCGUGAACAGCGCUCCGACGGAGGGAGUCUCUGCACCGCUCAAUUCAAACGCCCCAGCGUUUGUGUUUGGUGCAGGGGGUGCGUACAGCAACGCCAAUGUGAUUGCCGCCGAUAGUCCCUCCAACGCCGCAUACCUGGCGCUCCUUCAGCAACAAAGCCUGCAGUAUCAGUUGCAGCAUGCCACCGCCGCCGAUCAGGAGCUUUUCGCCACGCACAACCUUCUGCAGCAGUGCCCCCGUGCUGUGCUACUGAUGGUGCUCUCUUCCAUCAUUGAUGAGAACCCUACACUGUGCCCUUGCAUACGGCAGCGCUGCGAAAAGGCCUCUCUUGUGAUUUCCCAGCAUCAGCAAGCUGCAGCCGCUGGGCGCUUUACGNCCUUGCAUACGGCAGCGCUGCGAAAAGGCCUCUCUUGUGAUUUCCCAGCAUCAGCAAGCUGCAGCCGCUGGGCGCUUUACGUCUCAUGCUGCUGGUGGCGCGCAGUGGACGCCUCACGCCACCGCGAGCAACUAUGA